AUGACGAAAGUCGUAAUUGUACUCUUCAUUAUAGCUGCCUAUGGUAAUGCCUUUCCUAGGUUACCAGGACUCCUCGAUCCAACGAAGAGAGAUGCAUAUGAAAAUAGCGUUAUGACAAAAAUAAAAUCCAUCGCUCUAAACGUGAACGCAGUUUUAAAGGAUCAUAAAGAUGAAGCUAGUGUUUAUCUGACGCAAAUAAACAAAAUCGGUAAAGAAAUAAAGAAGAAUGCGAAACAUAGAGUCGAUGACAUAUUGAAGGCUGUGGAAUAUGAAAUGAAAAUUUUAAAACACAAAGAACAUGGACAUCAUAAAGACCACUGCAUAGCUAUCGCAAAGGAAUUGGAGAAAAUACGUAACAAGAUCUUAGAUAAGAUUGAUAAAUGUGUUUCAAACCAUAUGGAUGAAGCGAUAAAUGUGGAAAGAAAAAUAGCUCGAGCUAUUGAAAUGUUCCUGACUAAGACUGAACAUACUGUUAACGAAGCUGCACAAUGUGUCUCAUCCAAUGUAAUUCACAGUGUUGCAGUCGCAUGUUUAAGUAAGGAAAUGUCGAAAGCAAAGAUACUUUCGAACACGGAAUAUCCGGCGCUUAUAAAAGAAAUUAUCCAAGAGAAUAAACAUAUGUCAACAUUGAAACAUACAACAAUAGACUGCGACAUAGCAAAGCUACAACUAUCUCAACUUGAAAAACUUGAAGCAAUUCUCAAAAAGAUUAAAAAAUGCAACAAUGAUGAGAAUGCAACUUCGACAACACAACGAUCCACACCAUCACAUAGUAACAAAACAACUGUAACUACGACGGUACCCACUAGUAGUACCACCCAAGAAUCGGAUUCCAGCAGCACAGAAAAACAAGCUGGUAGUACAACUGAAAAAUCAACCUCAAGCACUAUAGAAGGGCCAGCCAGUAGCACUACCCAACAAUUUACCUCAGGCAGCACAGAGGGCACAAGCACUACGAGUACAAAGGAACAAUCCUCCAGCAGCACAGAACAACCUGCUAUUACCACUACCCAAGAAUCCAUCUCAAGCAGCACAGGAGGUCCAAGUACUACUAGUACAAAGGAAUCAUCCUCAAGCAGUACUGAAGGACCCGCUAGUAGCACUACCCAAGAAUUCAGCUCAAGCCCCACAGGAGGUCCAGCUAGUAGUACUACUCAAGAAUCUACCUCAGGUAGCACAGAAGGACCAGCUAUUAGUACGACCCAAGAAACCAGCUCAAGCAGCACAGGAGGUCCACCUACUAGUACUACUCAAGAAUCCAGAUCAAGUAGCACAGGAGGUCCAAGUACAACCAGUACAAAGGAAACAUCCUCAGACAACACAGAAGGACCAGCUAUCAGCACUACACAAGAAUCCAGCUCAAGCAGCACAGGAGGUUCACCUACUAGUACUACUCAAGAAUCCAGAUCAAGUAACACAGGAGGUCCAAGUACAACCAGUACAAAGGAAACAUCCUCAGACAAUACAGAAGGACCAGCUAUCAGCACUACACAAGAAUCUAGCUCAAGUAGCACAGGAGGUCCAGCUAGUAGUACUACUCAAGAAUCUACCUCAGGUAGCACAGAAGGACCAGCAAGUAGCACUACCCAACAAACUACCUCAGGCAGAACAGAGGGUAGAAGCACUACGAGUACAAAGGAAUCAUCCUCCAGCCCCACAGAACAACCUGCUAUUAGCACUACUCAAGAAACCAGCUUAAGCCCCACAGGAGGUCAAGCUAGUGGUAGUACUACUCAGGAAUCUACCCCAGGCACCACAGAAGGACCAACUAUUAGCACUACUCAAGAAUCCAGCUCAAGUAGCACAGGUGGACCAGCAAAUAGUACUACCCAACAAUCUACCUUAGGCAGCACAGAGCAACCUGUUAUUAGCACUACCCAAGAAUCCAUCUCAAGCAGCACAGGAGGACCCGCUAGUAGCACUACCCAAGAAUCCAGCUCAAGCCCCACAGGAGGUCCAGCUAGUAGUACUACUCAAGAAUCUACCUCAGGUAGCACAGAAGGACCAGCUAUUAGUACGACCCAAGAAUCCAGCUCAAGCAGCACAUGGGGACCCGCUAGUAGCACUACCCAAGAAUCCAGCUCAAGCCCCACAGGAGGUCCAGCUAGUAGUACUACUCAAGAAUCUACCUCAGGUAGCACAGAAGGACCAGCUAUUAGUACGACCCAAGAAUCCAGCUCAAGCAGCACAUGGGGUCCACCUACUAGUACUACUCAAGAAUCCAGAUCAAGUAGCACAGGAGGUCCAAGUACAACGAGUACAAAGGAAUCAUCCUCAGACACCACAGAAGGACCAGCUAUCAGCACUACACAGGAAUCCAGCUCAAGUAGCACAGGAGGUCCAGCUAGUAGUACUACCCAAGAAUCUACUUCAGGCAGCAUAGAUGGUACGAGCACUACGAGUACAAAGGAAUCAUCCUCUAGCCCCACAGAACAACCUGCUAUUAGCACCACCCAAGAGACCAGCUUAAGCCCCACAGGAGGUCCAGCUAGUAGUGGUACCACUCAAGAAUCUAUCUCAGGCACCACAGAAGGACCAACUAUUAGCACGACCCAAGAAUCCAGCUCAAGUAGCACAGGAAGUCCAGCUAGUAGUACUACUCAAGAAUCUAUCUCAGGCACCACAGAAGGACCAGGUAUUAACACUACCCAAGAAUCCAGCUCAAGUAGCACAGGAGGUCCAGCAAGUAGCACUACCCAGGAAUCUACCUCAGACAGUACAGUAGCACCAGGAAAUAGCACUACAAAAUCCACAACAUCUAGCAAUUGUUCAUGCACUACCCCAGCUACUGCUGAUCCUAGUGCUACUGAAUCACCGCGAGAUAUGUGGUAUGCAUAUUUAGUACAAUGCCUAAAAGAGAACGAUUUUGAUGAAAUUCCGGUUACGCAGGCGCGCACAUUAGUUCGCAUCUUACAACGAUGUCUAUUUAGCAUUGGUACACUGAGUCAGCUAUUAGCGAAAGGCUUCAACUAGGUAUGAUAAUUUUCAGAAUUAUGAUAGUGAACAAAUGAGAGUUUGUAAUUUAAAUGGAAGCCAGGAACAAUGUUGCUACAACGAGCAAUGAACGAGAAUUGUCAAACUAUUCAUAACUGAAGUCAAUGGAAGUAUCGAAGUUUGCACAAUAAUUUCUAGAAUAUAUUAGGUUAGUCCAUAAAUUGGUUCGUUUCUCUGUACAAGAAUCGUUAACAAUAAAGAAAAUAUGAUACAAGUUUUCUUAUACAAGAUACCUUUUCUGGUUAUUUAAAACCGUUUUCCUUUACACAUGGGACGU